AUGAGCCAGUACUCGAAAGCACUUUCAUCGUUAGAAGGAUCACUUGAAAUCCAAAAAAUAGCUCUCCCUCCGAAUCAUCCCUUAUUGGCUAUUUCCCACAACAACAUCGCUAUGGUGUAUUCUCACAUGGGCGAGUACUCGAAAGCACUUUCAUCGUACGAAAGAUCACUUGAAAUCCUCAAAGUAGCUCUCCCUCCGAAUCAUCCCUUAUUGGCUACUUCCUACAACAACAUCGCUAUGGUGUAUGAUAACCUGGGCGAAUACUCGAAAGCACUUUCAUCGUACGAAAGAUCACUUGAAAUCCGUAAAAUAGCUCUCCCUCCGAAUCAUCCUGAUUUUGCUCAAUCCUACAACAACAUCGCUAUGGUGUAUGAUAAGGUGGGCGAGUACUCGAAAGCACUUUCAUCGUACGAAAAAUCACUUGAAAUCUUGAAAACAGCUCUCCCUCCGAAUCAUCCCGACUUGGCUACUUCCUACAACAACAUCGCUAUGGUGUAUGAUAAGAUGGGCGAAUACUCGAAAGCACUUUCAUCGUACGAAAUAUCACUUGAAAUCUUCAAAAUAGCUCUCCCUCCGAAUCAUCCCCAUUUGGCUACUUCCUACAACAACAUCGCUUCAGCGUAUUAUAACAUGGGCGAGUACUCAAAAGCACUUUCAUCGUUAGAAAGACCACUUGAAAUCUUCAAAAUAGCUCUCCCUCCAAAUCAUCCCUCCUUGGCUAGUUCCUACAACAACAUCGCUUCAGUGUAUUAUAACAUGGGCGAGUACUCAAAAGCACUUUCAUCGUACGAAAGAUCACUUGAAAUCCGUAAAGUAGCUCUCCCUCCGAAUCAUCCCUUAUUGGCUACUUCCUACAACAACAUCGCUAUGGUGUAUGAUAAGAUGGGCGAGUACUCGAAAGCACUUUCAUCGUACGAAAGAUCACUUGAAAUCUUCAAAAUAGCUCUCCCUUCGAAUCAUCCUGACUUUGCUCAAUCCUACAAUAACAUCGCUAUGGUGUAUGAUAACAUGGGCGAGUACUCGAAAGCACUUUCAUCGUACGAAAGAUCACUUGAAAUCCGAAAAAUAGCUCUCCCUCCGAAUCAUCCCCAUUUGGCUAGUUCCUACAACAACAUCGGUAUGGUGUAUUCUCACAUGGGCGAGUACUCAAAAGCACUUUCAUCGUUAGAAAGAUCACUUGAGAUUUUGAGAAAGUCAGUGCCUUCUACUCAUCCUCAUUUGGUAUUUGUGAAAAGAAACAUUGAAAAUUUAAGAAACAGAUUUUAG